CAUUCCCGCCCAUCCUCCCUCGCGAAACCCAAGCUAGUUAGAGAGAGAGAUGUGCGGAAGAGCUCGCUGUACUCUCAGAGCCGAUGACAUCCCUCGCGCUUGCCAUCGCACCGGUGGUCCGGUCCGCUCCGUUAACAUGGACAGGUACCGUCCGUCAUAUAACGUUGCUCCGGGAGCCAAUUUGUCGGUUGUUCGGAGAGAUGAUGGGUCCGGUGGCGACGGCGUGGUUCUCCAUUGUAUGAAAUGGGGAUUAGUUCCAAGUUUCACCAAGAAAACUGAGAAGCCUGACUUCUUCAAGAUGUUCAAUGCUCGGUCUGAGUCAAUUUCUGAGAAGGCUUCUUUUCGUCGUCUACUUCCUAAAAAUCGGUGCCUUGUGGCUGUAGAAGGAUUCUAUGAGUGGAAAAAAGAUGGGUCAAAAAAGCAGCCAUUUUACAUUCACUUCAAGGAUGGCAAGGCUCUCUUGUUUGCUGCACUUUACGACUGUUGGGAGAAUGCUGAAGGUGAGAAACUUUAUACCUUCACCAUACUUACAACAUCUUCGUCAUCAACCUUACAAUGGCUGCAUGACAGGAUGCCAGUAAUUUUGGGUGACAAGGGCUCAAUGGAUACAUGGCUUAAUGGUUCUUCAUCUUCUGAAUUCAAUACAUUGCUUAAGCCAUAUGAGGGUCCAGAUUUGGUAUGGUAUCCAGUGACCCCAGCCAUUGGUAAGUUGUCUUUUGAUGGACCAGAGUGCAUUAAGGAGAUAAAGAUACAGACAGAGGAAAAGAAUACAAUCUCAAAGUUUUUCUCAACCAAGGGAGUUAAAAAGGAAGAAGAUGCAAUCACAGAGGAGAAAAGUUUGUUCCACAAAUCUGUCAAUACAAAUUUGCCAAACGUAAAAGAGGAACCUAAAACUGAAGAUAAUGAAGGAAGUCCAUCCUCAGCUGAAAAGAAGGAUAAUGACUCAAAAUCUAGUGUUUCUCUGUUAACUCAUGAGGUGUCAAGAAAGCCAGCUUUGCUGAAAGUCUUAAAAGAGGAACCUAAAGCUGAAGAUGAAAAAUUUUCAUCUCCAACUGAGAAGAAGGACAAUAAUUCAAAAUCUGAUGUUCCCAUUUUGAUUGCUGAGGCUCCUGUGAAGUGCCAAAGCAAGCGAGACUAUGUGAACUUUUUGGCUGAUGAAAAACCUGCUAAAGAUGGAAUAGCUACAGGCAAGAGUCCUGCAAAGAAGAAGGGAAACUUAAAAGGUAACGAUGAUAAACAACCCACACUGUUUUCUUACUUUGGGAAAAGAUAGCCUCGUGUGGCUCCAGGCGCAGAUGCUGCUCUUGCCUACUCCAGGUCUACAAACAACUGAUAGCCUUGAACUAGAGAUUGUUAUUGGUAUCUAUUUAACCAUGCAUCUGUAAGAUCCCUCUGUCAUUUCAAUAUUAGGAUCAAACUUUUAAUUCUGUACAGUUAAUGAAUGCUUUGGGAAACCUAAGCUAUCUAUGUAGUUAGGUGGGAGUCAUCUCACAUUUUGUAUGUUGUCCUUUGGAAUGCAGAUGCUCAAUAUUCCUGUUUUCUCAUGAUCUUACUUAGGAUGAAG